AUGAAUUUCUGUAAUAUGAUGAUGAUUACAUUUUAUCUCUAUGCCUUUAUGAAUAUUUGUUCGUCUGUUAAAAGAAAGAAACCUCACCCCAUUGCCGACAAAAUUGAACGUAUAACAACAGGGAAACGAGAAAAUCAAAAAUAUUCCCCAGUGCGUCCUCCAUUGCCUUCAUCGCGUUCUCCAUUGUUUGACAGUCUGCUUAGUAUUCCAAUUCAGACGCUGCGGGCUGUAAAUGAUUUGGUUCAAAGUAUUGCGGGUAAUCUGCAGACAGCAGGAAAUCUAAGACGCCCCAUCCAAGUACCAAAACAGAAGCUUUCCAAAACAAAGCAGGGAAGUAGAAGAAAAUGAAUAAGAAUUAAACUUUCAUGUGAUAUUAGCCGUUUUAAGUAGAAUUUAUUUGCUUCUGCAAAUUGUAAGUCAUUCGCU